AUGACUGCCGACAAGAAGAGCCUAGGUGAUACGUACACCCACGUCGUCGCCGAAUCACCUUCUAGUGAAAGCGACAUUGUGCUCGAAGAAGGGGACAAAGCUUUUGAGAAGAAGGUCCUGCGAAAGGUCGACCUCUGGCUCGUCGGGUUCUACUCAUUGGUUUACAUCUUUCGAGUCAUCGAUUCAUCCAACUACUCGAACGCGGCCAUCAUCAAUCUUGAACAUGGAACUGGCAUCAAGAAGCAGCUCCACCUUGAUCCGUCUCAAUGGGCAUGGACCCUCUCCAUCUUCUCUUACAGCUACAUGAUCUUUGAGCCGACCAAUACUGUUCUCCUCAAGACAUUCCGCCCUCGAAUAUGGAUGUUUGUGCUGAUACUUACCUGGGGCAUCUGCGCCUGUUCUGCCGCCGCUGUGCAGAAUUUCCAGGGCAUGAUGUGUGCCCGCUUCGCAAUCGGCAUGGCUGAGGCAGGGUUCUAUCCCGCAGUGCUCUUCCACAUGGACUUCUGGUAUCAACCUACCGAACUCCCAUGGCGCAUUGCCUUCUUCUAUUCAGUGGGGCAACUAUCCAGUGCUUUGAGUGGCCUUUUGGCGUAUGCCAUCAGCUUCAUGGACGGCCUGGGAGGCCUUCCGGGAUGGAGAUGGCUCUUUCUACUGGAAGGACUCCCGGCAAUCAUCCUCGCCUUUGUCGCUCUUUUCGGGCUCCCAGAUUAUCCUCAAACAGCGCGGAUGCUAAAUGAGAAGGAACGCCUGUUCAUCGAACGGCGUCUGGCGCCCACAGCGCCAUCGGGCAAACGCCAGCAUUGGGACUGGUCCUCUCUUAAGCGGCUCUUCGCCGAUCCAACCGUCUACACCUUUGGGCUCUACUGGAUCGCUCAUGGCAUAGGGGGCUUUGGUGUCUCGUACGCCUUACCAACUGUGAUUUACCAGCUCGGGUUCACAGGGACUGCACACUCGCAACUGAUGAAUAUUCCACCCUAUGUUUGCUGCUUCUUGUUCCUCAACACGGCCGGUUAUCUGAUUCACCGUAAAUGGAUUCGGCCCUGGACAUGUGGCGUCGCAAUCGAAAGCACCACAAUCGUCUGUUACAUCGUUCUCGUCACGGUCCACAGUGCGACGGUCAAGUACAUCGCUCUCAUCGUUGCCGUCUCGUGCGCUGGCUCCGCAUAUCCGGUCAUCUGGCCCGAGCGCAUUCGAGCGCUCCAAGGCACCGUCGCCGCCGGUAUUGGGAUCGGGUUGACAAACGCGUGUGCGCAGUGGAGUGGAAUCGUCGGGCCGCACGUGUACUCGACCGUCUUUGGCCCGGCCUAUCACAAGUCCUAUGUCAUCUGCCUGUCCAUCCUCAUUGUGUCCAUCAUGUCGAUUCUCACAUCAUGGUUCCUUAUUGCACGCAAAGACAGAAAGAGGGCACAGAGUUGA